GCCGCUUUCCCUUCUGACGCAUACACUUCCACACUUCUCUACACUAUUUUCUCUACAUUCAAAAAUGGGCAAGGCUCCUAAACGCACAUUCAAGGAGAGGGCGAACCCGAUCAACGCGGUUUCUGUUCAGGGUGCCGUCACCACCGUACAAAGCAAGGAAGAGGUCCCUGUUCUGCUAAAGAAGCUGAACUCGCCAGAGGUCAACGAGCGCGUAUGGGCCGCUGCUAGCGCCAGCAACCUACUGGCUUCUGACGAUUCCAAUGUGCGGCGGCUGCUGCUCGCCAACAACGCCAUCAGCCUUCUGAUCGAGCGUCUGUCGGACGAUUCAGCCGAUGUGGUGGUUCAGGUCGCCGGAGCGCUGCGCAAUCUGGCUGCAGUCGACCAGGGCGCGGCCGAGGAGAUGGUUCGCAGCAAUGUGUUUAUGGCUAUUCACUCGGUGAUCCCGCGACUUGCCAAGUCGAUCGACGACAUUCUGAAGCAGAACGAGGCAGGCCAGAAGCUAGAUAUGGAGGAGCGCAAGGUUGUGUUCCUGACAGCUGACAAUCUGAUCUCCGUCCUGUGGGCGCUGUGUGAGACCGUGCCGAGCUCGCUAAAGACGAUCAACGACAUGGGAGUCACGCCCUUUUUGGUUUCGUUCUUCAAUGUUGUCGAUAAGCUGCCUACGUCGCUGGUGCAGACCGCCGGCCAAUUCCUGUACACUCUGUCAGACAGCAAUAAGCAUGCGCAUGGCGCGCUGCUUGCACAGACCAACGCUGCCCCGAACAUGUUCAAGAUCCUGGCCGCCGAGAGCGUCGAGAACACGACGCCCGAGGGCCUGGCAGUGGUGCGCAUUUUGGCUGGCGGGAUCCUGCUCAACAUCAAGCCUAUGGCUAUCGACAAGAUCAUGGCGGAGCGUAUGGGCACCGAUGAGGAUGGGAUCGAGGAGAAGCUGAAGCCCUGGGAGGACCUGUCGCGCAACCUGCUGCAGGUAAUCUCCCAAUUCAUGUCGCUGGAUCUCAACGAGACUGCGGGCCAUGCCGCUGAGGCCAUUCGGGGCCUGAUCAGCAAGCAGGCGGAGGCAGUUGCCAAUGGAGCUGAGUCGGCGUCAGAGUCGGCGCAUGAGAUCCAGCUCGAUAACAUCAGCACGCGUCUUGGUCACCUGCAGCUGGCGCUGGAGUUGGCAGCCAAUAUCUUUACUGACGAAGGCGCAGAGGAAGCCGAGGAGGCCAAUCCGAAGCCCAAGAAGGAGAACGACGAUCUGCUAGGCGAGGACUCGGAUGCUGAUCUCGAGAUGGAUGACGGCGAGGACAACAGCGAGGACGAGAUUGACGAUGUCGACUUUGGCAACAAUGACGAGGAGGACUUUGACGAGGGCGACAUGGUCGACAUUCUGGCUGAUGAGGGAACCCUGGCCAACAAGGCCGACGAGGUCGUCGAGAACUCGAUUCUGGGGCUGUUCAUCAGGCACGAUUGUGCCGCAGCUACAAAAGCUUGCUGAGCCUACCUCGAUGUCGUCGCUGAGCACCGCACUGGAGGCCAGCAACACCCUGAACAACCCCAACGCGGUCCGCGCGGUCAGCGCAGCUGUGGACAGCUUUGUCGUGCUGCACGAACGCGCACUGGCCUGCUUCAACAACUUUUU